CUGCAACUGCCCACAAUCUCAAAUACAUGCUUUGUCAAAUCAAUGAAACAUCAAGCUCACCAGAGAAUUUGAAGUAUGCAAAUUGGGUUCAAUCCCAUUUUCUCUUACCUUACGCCUAAACCCUCCUCUACCAUUCCAACCAUUCCAAAACUCAUAAUCAGAGAAUUGGCCAAAAAAAAUCAGAAAAGACCCAAUUUUUUUCUAAUUUGAUCACAACCUAAUCCUAUCAACAUCGUUAACCAAACAAAGCCAAUACAUUUACCAAGGAUAUACGUAUGCAUAUUGCAAAGAUCACCCGAUUUUAUGAAUUUCAGAAAAAACCUUCCGCCUGAUUCUCUUGAAUCGUUUUGAUCAGACUGCCGUAUCGGCGGAGACCACGAUGGUGUAGUCCUUGAACAUGUCUAGAUCUUAAACCAAAACGGUAGGACUCGAAGCAACUGGUCCUAUGGUCUAGUGGUCAGGACAUUGGACUCUGAAUCCAGUAACCCGAGUUCAAAUCUCGGUAGGACCUUUGUUUUCGGCUUCGGUUUUGAGAUUGUGCAAACCGGUUUUUAACCAAAUUAAAACCCACCGGUUAUUGGUUUUAAUUUAACCGAAACUCGGUUCGGCUCAGUUCCUACCGUUUGGUCACCAAAGUCUGCUGCUUCUUUUUUGUUCUCUAAGUCUAAAAACCUCUCCUUUGGCUGUGAGAGAGCCAACGAGAAGAGAAAAAGUAUCUUCCUUUGAGAAGUGCAAGUCCAUGGCAGCUCUCUGUUGUUGUCCCACCACCAUCAUCGUCUCCGGGAAGGUUUCUUCACGGAUUAAAACCGCAGGCCCAUUACCCCGAAUCAACCCUUUUAAGAAUCAGAAACGAUUGAUUACAGAGAGAAGAAACUUGAUCGUUAAAUCGAUCAUUGAAGACAGAGAAGCAAUCGAUGUUAAAAAUGACAAUUUCAAGGCAGAGGAAGAACUAUCAGAAGAUAAAGUAGAAGAUACAGAUCGGCUGAUGAGUCGAGGUAUCAACGCAGCUAUAGUUCUCGCCGCCGGUACCGUUGCGGUUACUAAGCUUUUAACCAUUGAUCAUGACUAUUGGCAAGGUUGGACUCUCUACGAGAUACUUAGGUAUGCACCUGAACAUAAUUGGUUUGCGUAUGAACAAAUUCUCAAAACAAACCCUGUUUUGGCGAAAAUGGCGAUUAGUGGAAUUGUGUAUUCUUUAGGAGAUUGGAUUGCACAAUGUUACGAAGGAAAACCGCUGUUUGAGUUUGAUCGAACUCGUGUUCUUAGAUCAGGUCUUGUUGGAUUCACACUCCAUGGUUCACUGUCUCACUAUUACUACCAAUUCUGUGAGGCUCUCUUUCCUUUUCAAGAAUGGUGGGUAGUCCCUGCAAAAGUCGCAUUUGAUCAAACCGUAUGGUCUGCAAUUUGGAACAGUAUCUACUUUACAGUUUUAGGGCUCUUGCGUUUCCAAUCUCCAGCUGACAUUUUCAGCGAAAUCAAGACAACAUUUUUGCCAAUGCUCACUGCAGGCUGGAAACUCUGGCCAUUGGCACACUUGGUUACAUACGGUGUAAUCCCUGUAGACCAAAGGCUUCUUUGGGUAGAUUGUAUUGAACUCAUAUGGGUCACUAUAUUAUCAACUUACUCGAACGAAAAAGCUGAGGCGCAAGCAUCAGAGGAAACGAACUCCAGUUCUCACUCAAGCGAGGAUUAGGUGAUAUCAGCAUGUAGAUUCUAGAUUCUAUAGACUCUAACAGGAGGUGGAUGAAGAACACAAGCACAUAUAUACUUUUUUUUUGUUUAGAGAGAUACCUAAAAGCAAUGUAUAUACACAUUUGAUUCAUGGAUUCCAAGAGAGAAUCGAUGAGGCAAAUCCAUUGUGCAAUACAGAUACAUCAAACACGAAACACCAGCAAAACAAAUACAG